AUGAGGAACAGGUUCACAUGUCUGUUUGCUUUGACAUCACAACAUCUAAACAUUUUUACUUUGUGGUCUCUCCUCUGUAGCAGUCUGCUCAUUUGUUUUGUGACGGUCCAAUCUGUGAACAUCAUGACAGCCAUCAUGUUACUGAGUCUCCUCUUUAUUCCAAGAGCUUUGGCUGCUUGUCCUCAAGAUGCAUACUUGUUCAUUACUGCACCAACAGAGAUGGAAGCUCUGAGUGGAUCUUGUUUACAAAUCCCAUGUAACUUUAUUGUUACUGGACCAGAACCAUUUGACAGCACAAGACCUGUCUUUGGAUCAUGGAUCAAAAAUGAUCCCAGUAUUAAAAAUGUGAUCUUCAACAGCAGUGGGACAGUUAACAUCUAUCCAAUGAAUAUUACAGGAAACCUGAAACAGAAAAACUGCACAACUCUGUUUUCCAAUUUAACCACAGCUUAUACAAACACAUACUACUUCAGGAUUAUGAACUGGCCCGUCAGGGGAACAGCUGUUUGUGAUCCUCUUACAAUAACAGUUAAAGAUUCUCCUUGGAGGCCCAAGAUUACAGUCUCAGGUGAUCUGAAGGAGAAGGAGUCUGUCACUAUAACCUGCUCAGCUUUCACUCCCUGUCCACACUCCCCUCCUGAACUCACCUGGAAUCUCCAACAAGACUCUCACAACAAAAUAGAGGAAAACACAGAUGGAAGCUUUACAACUAAAAUCCAGGAGACCAUCACUCUGUCAGACACACAUGAUGGAAAGAAGAUCAACUGCUCUGCCAGAUAUCCUGUGAACCAAGGAGAAGACACCAAGACAGCAGAGACAGAAGAGACUCUCAGUGUUUCAUAUGCUCCUAAAAACACCUCAGCAUCCAUCAGUCCAUCAGGUUUGGUGUCAGCAGGCAGCUGGGUGAACCUGACCUGCUCCAGCAGAGCCAAACCUCCAGUCAGCAGCUUCACCUGGUUCAAGAAGAGCACAGAUGGACCUGUGAAUGUAUCUGAAGGACAGAUUUACAGCUUCAAUGUAACAGAUGGAGGAGUUUAUUACUGUGUGGCCACUAAUGAGCUGGGUAAUCAGACAUCAGCAGAGAUUCAUGUGAAUAUUGAAGAUUCUCCUUGGAGGCCCAAGAUUACAGUCUCAGGUGAUCUGAAGGAGAAGGAGUCUGUCACUAUAACCUGCUCAGCUUUCACUCCCUGUCCACACUCCCCUCCUGAACUCACCUGGAAUCUCCAACAAGACUCUCACAACAAAAUAGAGGAAAACACAGAUGGAAGCUUUACAACUAAAAUCCAGCAGACCAUCACUCUGUCAGACACACAUGAUGGAAAGAAGAUCAACUGCUCUGCCAGAUAUCCUGUGAACCAAGGAGAAGACACCAAGACAGCAGAGACAGAAGAGACUCUCAAUGUUUCAUAUGUCCCCAAACAAACCUCAGCAUCCAUCAGUUCAUCAGGUUUGGUGUCAGCAGGCAGCUGGGUGAACCUGACCUGCUCCAGCAGAGCCAAACCUCCAGUCAGCAGCUUCACCUGGUUCAAGAAGAGCACAGAUGGACCUGUGAGAGUAUCUGAAGGACAGAUUUACAGCUUCAAUAUAACAGAUGGAGGAGUUUAUUACUGUGUGGCCACUAAUGAUCUGGGUAAUCAGACAUCUGCAGAGUUUCAUGUGACUGUUGCAGGAAAAGGUCUCUCAUCAGGAUUCGCACUGUGGCCGCUUCUUGGAGUACUCAUUGGGAUCAUUGUACUCUUAAUCUUGAUCUGCUUGAUUGUCUUUGUUUGGCGGUUAAAGUCAAAGCGUCAAACUCAACAACAGACUCAGCGUCAAACACACAAAGAGGUGGUUGUUGAACAACCAGGAAGUAAACGAGAUGGAAAAGAGGAACACAUCCAUUAUGGAGAGAUCAGCUUCUCUAACCUGGGAUAUGAAGCGUCCUCUGACUCAGUGCAGGACAGAGGACAGCAGCAGAAUACAAUGUACGCACAGGUGAAGGUCAACAGGCCAGAAAACAGCUUUACACAGAGAGCUCACGGCCAAGAGGAACUCUACGCUGAGGUGAAGAAAAAAUGAAAACUGCUGAGACAUAAUAUCAGAUUAACAAAGAAAUACACACAUGAAGCC